AUGAGUUCGCGUAGUGAGGCAUUAGACUUGAGUCAGACCUUUGAGAAGAUGAAGAACCCAGACCCUGAUCUUCGGUACAUGGCGACUUCCGAUUUGAAUGUCAGUCUUGGGAAGAUGAAAGGGAAGAAGUUUAUAGAUAACGAGCAACGAGAAAUCAUGAGUGGCUUGUUGACGUUAUUGACUGAUGAAGCGAAUGACGUGAAAGACAUCACGAUCAAGUUUAAAGACGAUGCUGUUAGAUGCGAAGAAGGCGUUGGAUGUGAACAGAGAUGUUGCUUUAGA